UUAAAAACGAAGAAAGUGCGUGCAAAACAAAAGCAAAAUAAAGCAGCGUUGUUUGCGAAUUCGUUUGGGGCGUGGCAACGAAAACGCCGCAGUCGGGCAGCAAGAACAACGCACAAGGAGAACAUCAGAGGAGACAAUGCACAGCAACGUGAACCAGGGGGGCUACGUGCCGCCGGGAUUCGGGGCUGGAUACCAGCCAAACGCACCGCCAGCCGAGGGCUACGGCUAUCCUCCGCCAGCGGCCCCAAAUCAUCCGUACGCACCAUCGCCGCACCACCAGCCGCCGGGACAGCCGCCAAUGAACUACGGUUUUGUGCCGGGCCAGCAGCCACAGGGUUACGCUCCAGUGCCACAGAUGCCGCCCUACGGAGAGGCACCACCCUAUGGGGCAGGACAGCCGCCAUAUAUGGGCGGAGGCGGAGGCGGAGGAGGACCUUCGCCGCAGCAGUCCUUCGGCUAUGCCCCCGGGCCGGCGGGACCGCCGCAGCACUUUGGAUAUCCACCGGGUCCGGCCGGAGCACCGCAGCAGCCGAUUGUCACGCAGCCAGGAAUGCCGCCCGCUCAGCCGCAGCCGGGCAUGGGACCCGGAAUGGGCGGAGGCGACUGGAUGAGUAUACCAGCCGGAAUUCCGAACUGUCCGCGCGGAUUGGAAUACCUUACGACUAUCGACCAGCUUUUGGUUAAGCAGAAGGUGGAGCUGCUCGAGGCCUUCACCGGCUUCGAGACCAACAACAAGUUCUCCAUCAAGAACGCGCUUGGCCAGAAGGUGUACUACGCGGUGGAGGACAACGACUGCUGCACGCGCAACUGCUGCGGUCCGUCGCGACCCUUCGAAAUGAAGGUGUUCGACAACUACCGCCAGGAGGUCAUCCACAUGCACCGUCCGCUGGCCUGUUCGGCCUGCUGCUUCCCCUGCUGCCUGCAGAGCAUUGAGGUCUCGGCGCCGCCCGGUAACGUGAUCGGCACCAUCGAGCAGGAGUGGUCCAUCUGCUCGCCCUCGUUCCGCAUCCUCAACCACAUCGGGGACACAGUGCUGCGCAUUGAGGGCCCCUUGUGCACCUACUCCCUCUGCGGCGACGUGGAGUUCAAUGUGGUGUCGCUGACUGGCGAGAAAAUUGGCAAGAUCUCGAAGCAGUGGUCUGGACUGGCGCGUGAGAUCUUCACGGAUGCCGACUUCUUCGGCAUCAGCUUCCCCCUGGACCUGGAUGUGCGCAUGAAGGCGGUCCUCCUCGGCGCCACAUUCUUGAUUGAUGCAAUGUUCUUUGAGAAGUCCGGCAACCGAGAGACCGACGGACCCGGCAUGCUCUAACAAUCUGAGGCCUGCUGUUGCAGUGGUCUCUGCACCGCGUACUAGUCCGCUGAUGGCCAAAGCUGACGACUCUCUACCAAAUGCUUAAAAAUGAAAAUGGAAUACAAAUACUGGAAUCUUUGUUAAUGCUAAGGACACGCUCAGGUGUCCCCCGAAUGGACAUUGCCGGGAUGGAUAUUCGUAUCUACUACGCUUAAGUAACACGUUGGCAUUUUCGCUCCUUUGCCACAGCCGCAAUCUUCAACGAAUAACUGCUUCCUUUAUGAAUUUUUUGUACCUCUACAACGAUGCACAGUGAAACAGGGAACAGGGAACUCCCACGUGAACCAUGUACUUUAAUCCGUACACUGAGUGUCUUAUACAUAAUAUAUCUAACACAUAAAACAAACAAGUAUGCAAUACAAUAAUCUACCUUGAUGUUACGUUUAAGUUUUCAGAAGAUAUUCUUAUAUUUAUGUAUUCAAAUGUAUUACUCGGAUUGGUUUAAUAAAACAAAACCAAAGUCAA